AUGGCGUUCGAGCUGGACCUUCCCAUCAGCAGCAGUCCCCAGCAGGCUGGAUUACUAAACUCCAUGCACGGCGCUGCGCGCACCUCCCGCGAUGUCGCAGUCCUGUCGGCGGCUUUCGGAGGUCAUGCCUUCCAGCAGCGCGCCGUCCAGUACGGCGACAUCGCGCGCACGGCGGACUCCCCGGCGAGGCCCAUCGGCUCGCAGGCCCCGGGGGUGGCACCGGCCCGGCAGUGA